CCGAGGUGCCCAGGGGUCGCAAGAAGAGGAAACCAUACACUCGUUAUCAAACGAUGGUCCUGGAAAACGAAUACCUCGUCGCCACUUACAUCACACGCCAGAAGCGGUGGGAGAUUUCAUGCAAACUUCAUCUUACUGAGCGUCAGGUCAAGGUCUGGUUCCAGAACAGACGAAUGAAGAGCAAGAAGUUGCAGUCACGAACUCCCAACUCUACAAACCCCAUGAAACAGGAGACCGAACCACUGCAACAACCAACAACACCAAUGCCGCCCUAUUCAGUGUACGCCCAGCCGACAUCGGGCCAACCUUUUAGCAGCCGUUUUACGCCUCUGGCAAAGACUCUGGAGGCAGACAUACCCAAAAGUCCCAUGCAGCGUAUGGACGCGACUGACUUCGGCUCAACCUCAACAACAUCUGCAGCAACCGAAACUCAGCGCAGUGAUCGUGACUCUAACGGCCGGGACUACACCCCACCGAGGCACACGGAGUCACAGCAGGCGUCUCAACAGCGCCAGUUCUGCAAGAUGCCCUCUGUUGGCUUGUUGCAACAAAAACUACCAGAAGGCCGAAUCCCAGUGAUCAGUCCGUUUGAACCAAAAAGCAUGUUACAGAGCAGUCUUGCCCAGGUUGGUGGCCAGCUGUCUGAGAUGGGCAGAUCAGAGGGAAUAGACAGAAGCGUCACGGGAGCUGGCAUUUCAGGAGGAGCCUUUGAUGCGAUAGCCUCCAGAUUCCAAAUGCCCGGUUACCAAUCAACCCCGGGAAGUCAUGCUUAUUCUCCCAAUCCACAGGCUUGCAUUAUGAACAAAUUUUCACCCUCUUAA